UUUCUUUUUUCCUGAACUGGAAACCUGGGGAGGUUGCAGCAAGUUAAGCUGAAGACUGAACGAGAGCUGGGUCAGGUGGCCACUCUACCAACCCUGGACCUCCACAGCUAUGACCUCUUCCUGCCCAGACUCAGAUAAUAGCUGGGUGCUUACUGGCUCUGAGAAUUUGCCGGUGGAGACUCUGGGCCCAGAACCCAGGAUGGACCCAGAAUCUGAGGGAGCCUCCCAGGCCCUUUUGGACCCCUCCAAGGCAGAUGACAAAGAACUAGCUGGGACCUUGGAUGGAGAAGGGACACUUUCCCGGAAUGAACCACCUGAGGAGACUAAGGCCAAGGGCACUCUGGGAUGUGAUGAUGCUGGAAUGGAGCCCCCUGGAGACACACUGGUCCAGGAAGAUUUGCAGGAGGAGACUCCUGUGGCAACAAGCCUGGGACCAGACACACAGGAGCUGGAGAAUGAGAGUCCUCCACAGAACCUGCCUGCGAGUCCCAAAGCAGUCUGGAGGGAGUACCCCUGCUCCAGCAGUGACGAUGACACCGACGCCGAUGUCGAGGGUGUGCGGAGACGGAGAGGCCGGGAGCCCAGCUCAGUCCCCCCUGUACCUGUGGAGGUGGAGGACCAGGCCAAGGGCGAGGGUCUAGGAAGCGAGCUGGGCAUCUCCCUCAACAUGUGUCUCCUGGGGGCCCUGGUUCUUCUAGGCCUGGGGAUCCUCCUGUUCUCUGGUACGCUGUUGGAGCCUGAAACUGGGCCCGUGGAAGAAGCAGAGUUGCAAGUCUUUCCAGAUACCGGGCCAGAGACCGAGUUGGUAGAUACUGUGGGGAGCAGGCAGGAUGAGCUCGAGCAGCUGCAGGCCUCAUUACCAGCAGACAGUAGUCCCAGCCUGCAGAGCAUGGGGCUUCUGCUAGACAGGCUGGCCAAGGAGAACCAGGAUAUCCGACUGCUGCAGGCCCAGCUGCAGGCUCAGAAAGAAGAGCUUCAGAGCCUGUUGCACCAGCCACAAGGUCUGGAAGAGGAGAAUGCCCGGCUCCGGGAGGCCCUGGAGCAGGGCAAGACCUCCUAUCAGGCCCUAGAAUCAGAACUCCAGCAGCUAAGGGCCCGACUUCAAGGCCUAGAGGCUAACUGUGUCCGGGGUGUAGAUGGGGUGUGUCUCAAUUGGGGUGGAGGCCCAGGUGACAAAAUCACCAAAGAGCAAAGCCACAAGGGGCAGGAGCCAGACCCCAGCUUAUCAGAGCAGCAUAGGCAGCUAGAAGCUGAAGCCCAGGCCCUAAGGCAGGAGCUGCAAAGGCAGAGGCGGUUGCUGGGUUCUGUGCACCGUGACUUACAGAGGGGCUUGCAGAAUGCUGGCCACGGAGCCCCAGCUCGUGCUGGCCUGGCCGAACUUGGUCACAUGUUGGCCCAGACAUUGCAAGACCUAGAGAAUUGGGGUCACAACACUGGCAUUUCUGCCAACGACUCGGAGGCCUGGUACCAGAAGAAGCCCCACUUCCAGAAUUCCAAGGAGUGGAGAAGAAAGGAGAAAUGGCAUGGUGGGCCAAGGGACCAGAAGGCUGAGCACUGGAAGCAUGGGAAGGAGGAGUCUGGCCGGGAGAGGAGGAAGAGCUGGAGGGAUGAGGACAGGGAACCAACAAAGGGAUGGAAAGAGGACAAAUCUAGGAUGGAAGAAUUGGGGAACAGAAAAGAUGGCAAGCGACAGGACCCCAAGGUACACUUUAGAAAAAAUGGGAACACCCACUCUGGAGAAAGGCUGAAGCAUUCUUUGGGGAAAGACAAUAGUCCUGACCCCCUCUCCUCCUGGGAGGAGCUGCUGAGGCGGAAGUACCAGCCCCCUCAGGGUUGCUCAGGCGUAGCCGACUGUGCUAGGCAGGAGGGUCUGGCCUUCUUUGGCACCGAGCUAGCCCCUGUGCGGCAACAGGAGCUGGCCUCUGUGCUGAGAGCAUACUUGGCAAGGCUACCCUGGGCUGGGCAACUGACCAAAGAGCUGCCCCUUUCACCUGCCUACUUUGGAGAAGAUGGCAUCUUCAGGCAUGACCGUCUUCGCUUCCGGGACUUUGUGGAUGCCCUGGAGGACAGCCUGGAGGAGGUGGCACUGAAACAGAUGGGUGAUGAUGAUGAUGUGGAUGACUUUGAGGAUUUCAUCUUCAGCCACUUCUUUGGAGACAAGGCACUGAAGAAGAGGUCAAAAAAGAAGGAGAAACAUUCCUGGAACCCCAGAGUUGUGGGGCCCAGGGAAGAGCACAGCCGCCAUCCCCACCACUACCACCAUGGCUGAGCCCUGCACCUGCCGCAGCAAAUGACCUAGGCACACACCCAGCUCAAGAUCCCUGGAAUUAUGUGACCCUAGAGGCUGUGCUCCCACUGUUCAGCGGGUCCCUCUUGGCUCUUUAGUGCCUUUGAGUGCCCUUCACAGGAGAGAGCCAUGCACUUGGCCCUGCACUGGUACCACUUUUGCUACAAAAAUGUCAUAAGUUGGUUCUGCUGAACUGUUUAUGCAAAUACAGGCCCUGGGUACGAAGUGUAUAGGAGCCUGCUGGGGAGUAUUCUGUGACUGCCCUCAGGACCACAGCAGAGCCUGCAACCCUACGCUGGAGCCACUGGUUGGAGACUUAGCUCCAGACUUGCCCUGGGGUUUCAUUAGCUUUGGAGGCAGCUGUUCCCAAGUGUGAAGUACCUUUUCAUCAUGCUUCUCUUGUGGCUUUCUCCUUCCCUCCUGAACUACCUCCUGAGGUAGUCUCUAAGUGCAGGAGACACGGUGCAAUUGCCAUUCCAGUGGAUAGGUACAACCCAGGCACUGCUCUCAACCUGUUCUCAGCCUCUCUGUCAGUCUGGCAGGCUCUUUCCCCGUGCUCACCCAACUUUCCUGAGAAGCCUAGCCUUGAGCCCAGCUACCAAUUGCCUCACAGUUACUCUGGCUGAGUCGCUGUGGAAUCCUGGGCUCCAGUCCAGGCUGGGUGAUCUCAGAUCAGGUCAUUCUGGUGUUCUUAUCCUCGGGAAGAGGACGGUGGGCUGAGGAACAGUAAAUAAAGCACCGAAACAGA